AUGACUGUCCCAUCACCUUGCGACAGUACCCCACAACUACAGUUUGAUUUUGAAGAAGAGUAUGAUGAAUUGAAUGCUCAAUUGGAUGCAUUGUCAAAGUGUUUAGAUAUAUUAGAAGCAAAAGGUAAAAAAGUAUGUGACAAAGCUCAACGUCUUAUUAUUGAAUAUAGAAGUCAAAACUAUGAAACAUCAUCUUGA